UCAGCAGUUGACGUUUUAAAACCGCCUAACAAACAGUCCUUCCUCUUUCUCCUCCUCUGAUUCCGCACCCAAAAACCUCUGUUUCUCUGUUUCUCUUCUUCUUCAUUCAUUCACUUUUCCCUCUGAUUCAGUUUGGAAUUUUUUUCCAAAUUCAAGAGAGAGAAACAGCAGAGAGAGAAAGAUUAUGUUUUCUAUCUCUCUUCUCUUUAGCUUCCAAUGGCUUCUCUAUUCCUUCUCACUCUUUCUACCCAUUUCAAUCGAAUCAAUUUCUUCGUCUUCUUAAUGCUCUGCUUAGAAAAGCAUUGACUCCCUUGUUCAAAAAUGGCGUCUUCUCAGGUCGAAAUCGCCUCAUCCACGCCUUUUGGUUGUGUUCUGAGGAAUCGAUGGAACAGAGAAACCAAAACCCAAUCCCCCCGUUUUCAGCAAAACCUCAAAGAUUUGGUUUCCUGUAUUUCGAGUUCAUCCCCUGUUGAGAAUUCUAGCAAUGUAGAUGUCUGGGUUCGCGAGGAAGACCAGAGAGAGAGUUCUCCGACUCAAUCUGAUGGUGGGUCUGUGGAGAUUCCCAAUUUGGGUGGAGUUUCCUCGCUUGUUCGAAAAUGGAGAGUCAUUUCGGAGUCGAGAACGAGUCAAUCAGCUGCUAUUAACAUACCCAAUUCAUCUUCUUCCCCUGUUGAAAUGCCUCCCCUGUCUCGGUCCGAAACUUGUGAAUCUGUUGAUGAAAAGUUUGGCACACCCUCCCCAUCGGUGAUGACAGAGGAGGAGUCGUUUUUGGAUUGGGAAUCCGAGACAAUGCCAAGUCGCCCGCCAUCUGCUCGAGGAAAAGACUCUGUGGAGAGCGAGAGGCUGAGAGUCGCCGAUGUGAUUAGGAAAUUGACAUCGGUGACUCAAAUCCGUGGUUCGUUGAUGACUUGGAAGAAUGAUCAUGAUCGGGAUCAGCAGCAAAUUAGCAAUGAAUCGUUGCCUCGGCUGAAUACUGGUUUGGAUGAUCAUCAACAACAACCAGAACAUAGGUGUUUCUCACCCCGGAUCAGAGGGCGUCUAGCGUUUAACGAGCUUCUUUUGCAAUUGGAACGCAACAGGGUCAGCGAGCUUGAUAGUUUGGUGGAGCGUCGAGCAGUUUCAAAAUUCUCACAUAGAGGCCGCAUUCAGGCAAUGCUUCGCCUUAGAUUCCUCCGUGAAGCAGCAAUGGGAUAUCAACAGCACUCACGUUUAAUGCCAAUUGGGGUUCAACACCAUUGGCAUCGCGAAGCAGCACCAGCCAUUGGGUCUCAACAGCCUUCGUGUCGUGCAGCAGAGGUUGAAAAUCAACAGAAUUUACGCCAUGAAGCUCCAAUGGGGGGGCUCGCUGCUCAACAGCAUUCUUCACAUUCCACAAUAACCGGAGUUAAACAGCAUUCAACACUUUCAACAACCACUAGGGUUCAACAGCAUUCAUGUUGUGAAACAGCAGGUGAGAGUAAACAGCAUUCAAAUUCAACAGAAGUUGGUACUCCACAGCAUUUACAUCCUCAUGAAGCAGACGUUGGGGCUCAACAACAUUUAUUUCGUGAAGAGGCAAUUAGAGAUCAACAACAUUUGCAUUCAUUGCCAACUGAAUCAAACAGACCUACUCAAGGUUCAGUGGUCGUGCUUCUCAGAGAGAAAUUCAACGUCAGGGUGGAGAGUGAUGCAACUAACCUGAAAAUCCCCCGUGGAGUCGUGGAAAAUAAUGUGGAAAGCUUUACUUCCAGUCAACUCAGGCAGGAGCCUCAUCAUCUAGAAGUUAACACCACUGAGCAGCAGAGUACCUUCUCAGAGCAGGACUCAGUGGCAUAUACAAGGGACAAUGUUCAUGAAGAAGCUACUCGAAAUUCACAUAAUAUAUGGCAACAAACAAGCUAUGAAAUCUGCAAUCUUGAAUCACAAAAAUCUGAAGAUAGACUGACAUCAAGUGGCUGGGACGUGGAUGUGAAUACAGCAGAGCAAGAGGCCAAUAAUGAGGAGCUAAUAGCAACCAAUCAAGACUCAAUAAAUGAUGUCUCUGAUCCACAGAAUGAUUGGGAAGAAGAAGAGGCCAAUAACCAGCAGCAAAUGGGAAAUGAUCAGAUCCAGGAUUGGUUAAGUGUCAUUUCUCAUCCUUGGACUGAGUGGGAAGAACAAGAAGUCGAUAACCAGCAGUUAAUAGGAAUGAGUCAUGAUUGGAUAGGUGAGGUUUCUCGGCCAAGGAGUGAUUGGGAAGGCCUCAGGCAAGCAAGGUACCAAGAGAUGCUUGAUCCUUACAUGGAAAAUGAAGAUAUACGGCAACUCCUUGAACGGAGAAGUGUGUCAACAUUUCUUUCUAGUAGUUUAAGAGCGAAGAUGGACCAAUUGAUGAUCUCUCGCGUACAAGGAUUACCAGAUUCAAUAGGAAAUCAGCAAGAAGAAGAGGAAGAAGAAAGCCAAGGUAUACGCAAUAGACUAGAACAGCUAAUGAUGUCUCGCUUACAAAGGGAGAAACAACUGAUGAGCAGUCUCCCAGAAGAAGAAGAAGAAGAAGAGGAGGAGGAGCAGGAUAUAGGAGUUGAAGAAGAGGAGUUGGAGGCAGAUGAGAAGUUGGAGGAGGAUGAGGAGGAAGAAGAAGUGACAGAGAGCUCAAUUGGGCACCAAUGUAGUGAAGUUAGUGAUUAUGAGGAACAAAUGGCAGCUGUGAGGUCAUGGAGUGGUGAUGGUGAUAGUGAAGUCAGCUAUGAUUCUGAUCGAACAUCUCCAUCACCGCAACAAACUCAAUCAUCUGAGUCUUCCUAUUCAGACGCUCAACCUCACUCUUCGUUUACCAAUCGUUCUUCAAUUGAAAUGGAACUCAUUUAUGAUUUGAGAGGGCAUAUGGAGCAACUCCACCGUGAGAUAUCUGAGCUACGAAAAUCAAUAAAGAGCUGCGUGAACAUGCAGGUGAAAUUGCAAAGGUCUAUGAAGCAGGAAGUUUCAGUUGCUGUAAGUAGCUCGGUACCAAGGGUGGGGAGGAAGUCACGCAGUGGGGCUCCAAGGAAAGGUAGUUGUUGUGUUUGCUAUGAAAUGAAAGUCGAUUCUCUUCUCUACAGAUGUGGCCACAUGUGUACCUGCUUCAAGUGUGCCCAUGAGUUGCUAUGGAGUAGCGGAAAAUGUCCAAUAUGUCGAGCUCCAAUAGUGGAUGUUGUUCGGGCAUAUGCUAAUGAUUCAUAGAGAGGACAGAUGAAUGAUUCUCUUGAACAGAGGACAGUCUCUAACUUGAAUUUUUUAUUCCACAAGACGAGUUGAAAAAGGAGUUUUCAUCUUUCAAAAUCCUUUUCCUA